AUUCUUCGAACGCGUUGGUUGCAGUCUCGGAGGGCAGCGGAGGGAGUGGCGGUGGAAGAGGAGACAAGAUGUCGGGCCUGCGAAGGCUUCUAUCUCCGAUGAAAGCUUCGGCAUUCUCGAUUCCUCUCCCUUCACUGUUUUCUAUUUCCAGAAGUCCCUUUUGUGGAAGAUCUGGACUGUGGAAGAUUUUGCCCAAGCAUGUUUACUCUGAAUCAGAAACUCAGAUUCUGGCAUUUGGAAGGGUACUGGAGAACAAAGCUUUGCACAGCUCAAAGUUCUCAGGCCAGAAGUUAUUUGUUGGAAGCUUUCUCGGUUUAUCAGUAGCUACUGGGUUGAUCUAUCAGCAAAUAAACGACAUCUAUGCUAUGGAUGACAAUUAUGCUGGCAUGGAGGAGCCAUCAGGAUUUUUGAAGGACGAUCUACAUGCCUUCUGGUCUUUAGCAAGGAAGUUUCAGUUGCCUGUUGUUCUACUUGUUACAGUACUUUUGGGAUGGAGGCAUCCAUUUGCACUUGCUAUAAAUGUUGCACUUCUUCUCUUCUGCACGAGGCCCAACCCAUUCUCUAUUUAUAUGUUUGUUGAGCAGUUGCGCCAAAGAGAAAUGCAUAGGGAUCCUAGCCUGCAAAAGACAAAGUUUCUUUAUGUGAAGAAAGUUGAAGUCGAAGAUUACAAGAUCUUAUGUAUGGCCAGAGUAGAACUGAGAGAUUUGAAGAUGAAUGUGAUUGGAAUUCUGGGCGGCUGGUGGGUUUUCCAGACAUCACCGGCGCAACCAGGCUGGGCAGGAGGAGCAAAUAGCAGAGGCAAAGGAAGCCAUUGAUCAAAGCUUGAAGUUUCUUACUGUCAAAUAGCCAUAUUUUGCUCCAGAUAUUUUUCUCUAGUUAGCAUUCAAGCUUAUGGUUCUUAUAUUAGCUGAUUCCAUUAGUUUUUGUUUACAUUAGAUACUAUAGUCCCAGAUGAGCUCCAUAAGCAUUUUCUGUUGAAAA